CUGACUUAGGUUAUGUUUUAUGAUGUAACUUGUUUUGCUAAUUUUACUAAUGGUUAUUUAUAUUUUUCCGAUAGGGAGUAGUUGUUUGUUGACUUUGUUGACUUAUCUCGGCAUAAAGACAACUUAAUUUAAAUGUAUGAACUAUAAAUUCUUUGUUGGACAGCAAAUUGAUACAGUGCUUUCAUAGCAGCCCCUAGCUAUAUAUCACCCAAUUUCUUUGCAGCAGAUCUCUAACACACCUAGAUAAUUUUUAGAAUAUGUAUUAUAAUGGAAUUUGACUCUCAAAGUCAGUGCUCAGAUGAAGGUGUUGAAUUAUCAGUUUCUGAGCAUGGGCGGUAUUGUCCAGAAGAUUUCCUUUUUAGUCAAGACAUUCAGCCCGAAUUUCUUGAAGCAAAGAUUAUUUAUUUGUUACUGCCAAAAAAUGUACCAGUUUCACGUGCUGCUAGGCUACAAUGGCUUUUGGAUCACUUAAACACCACCAUUAGUCUCCCAAAUCCCAAAUCAUAUGACAAUGCCCAACAUUUGGAAGUUAUCUCUGCAAUACCAAGGGAACAGAAUCCAAAUUUAAAAUGCAAUAGGUUUCUAGUUACAUACCGCACUGAGUUAAAAUUUGUAGCACAUAGUUACAGAUUUGUUUAUUGCUUAGAUAUGAGCCCCAGUCAUUCAAAUGUUGAUUUAUUUAAGGGACAAGUCCUCUUUGAUGAAAUUCUUCAAUGUUUUAAAAAUAGCAUACAUGGAUUAUCCAAACAGUUCACUGUACCAGGGAAUACAUUAGUUUUUCAGCCUUGCAUCUAUUUAACUAUUAUGGCCAAUACCCCAUUUUUUAUCACUCCUGCUCAGCAAGUCAUAUUGAAAGGAAUUCAAAUGACUCCAAAAAAUGUAACUGAGAUAAUUAAGUGUGUUGAAACACAUUUUCAUAUGCUGGAAGGGAAAAUUGCUGAUGUAUGUGCAACAGCAUUAGAUCAGAUUGAUUUUCAGAGAGCAUCUUAUGAGGGAAUUGUGGGUGAUUUGUUUGACAUUCCUGAAUCCAGGAAAAUGCCAAAAAUACCAAUGGUGACACCUGAUGCAAAUUUUGUUAAUAUGCUUAGGUACUCAAUGUUAGCCAUAUCUCUUUUACCAGAAACUACUUUAAGUCAUAUUCUAGUCAUUACAGAUGGGAUUGUUGCGAUGCCCGACUCUAAUGUAAUGGAAACAUUGCUAUUUCAAUUGCAUUAUGAUGCCAUAUCAGUUUCAUUUUUAAAAGUGGGAUCUAAUUUCCGCCCUAACUUUAGUGCUGGAUUUGUGUUUUAUACAGAUUUACUUUAUUUUUUUUCUCAGUGUACCCUGGGUACAUGUUUAGAGAUAUUUCCUGCCGUGACACAUGACACAUCUUUGUCCAUAAAUAUUUAUCAAGAAAUCUUUUUGCUAUGGUCCUUCCACAGUACUAAUAACCUUGCCUUCUUAAAGAACUGUGAUAGCUCAAUAAAUGAGUCAUUCUUCUAUCAGAAAUUGCCUACUUUAUUAUCGAAACGACAGACUGAAGAAAGUACAAAUGCUUCUAUUUUACUACUUUUAGCUAGAAGAAUGAGGGAAGGAUUUACUGUUGAUAAUAUAUUUUACAUGAACAACAAUUUGGAAAUUAAAUUAAUACUUCAGUGGAAAGCCUCCAUUUACAUUCACUACAAUUUAAGUUCCACCUGGCCUACCAACAAGAAUUCAACCCAUUUUGAGGUGCAUGUUUCAGCUCCUUACGAGUUUCUUCAUGAUAUGACUUGUCUUAUUAAAAAGGAGAUUAAAUCAGCCUAUAGGCAGGUGAUCACACAGAGGUUUUGGAGUAGAUUAAGUCAGCUUUCCUCUGGUGAUUUAAAUUUAGCUUGCCAGCUGAGUGGAUUUCAGCACAGUAAAGACUGGUAUACAUUACCUGAAAGUGUAAAGAACGGUAUUUCAGUGUUUACUACAAACAAUGCUAACUUUUCUGACUCAAUAAAGUUAAGCUUAAGUCCAAGGGAUACAUCUUACUUAAAAUUCGCAAAUGCAUGGCAAAACAUUUGUCAAAUGGAAACCAAUAAUUGGCGCAAGUGGUUUCAUGUACACAAGAUUUCUCUUAUUUUAAGGCACGAUACUCCUUUACCAAAACAUUUACAUGUAGCAAAUUCCUCCCAAAGAUAUCAGGUUGUGCAAUGCAGACAAGCAGUAACAGCCUUGUAUGAAAUGUUGAGGGAAUGGUCGUCAUUUGCCUUACUGGAUAACCACACAUAUGUUAGACUUUUAUUACGAGAUUAUGAUAAAUCACCUAUAGGAUUCUGCAUUAUUAGAGUUAGCUCAAAAUUUCCAUGUGCUGUACUUAAUUUAGCCUUUUCUACCAAUACAUCUGGAUUUAUCAGACACAGAGUCUGUGAAGAACUGAAAAUUGAACUUUCUUCAUUAUCUUACUUAGCUAAUACUCAUAAAAAUAAAGGUGCCCCUUGUUGCGUGUUGUUACAAAAGCCCCUGGAGAAAAUUCUAAUUAGAUAUGAACGGAUACCCAGCAAUUAUACCACAGUUAUAUUUCCGGAUGGCACGCAACCUCCUCAAAAUUCCAAUUGCUUCCUAUCUCCUGUUCAUGGGUCAUUAUUUACUACGUUGUCACGUUAUUUGUUUCACAAGAGAUGGAUAUGGAGUGCAACUUAUUAUCCCAAUAAUAGACUCUCGGAUGCGUCACUUUCACGGAUACUAAAUAUAUUGACCAGAAUCAGAUUGAAUGAAGGUUACAGUUUUGCUCAUUCAUCAUCUGGUAUAGUAACGAUGGUUUUGGAAGUGACGUUGGAACCACAAGCUAGCUGUAUUGUUCAAUAUGUUUUGUUUCCCCCACACUGUGCAUGGUGGGGGGAGGAUUAUUAUAGCACUUCAGAUGAUGAAAAUGAACAUAUUUCCGACGUCGAAGGGGAAAUGCAAAUGAUCACAGAAGUUUGGAUAGAGCCACACCAUGGAAAAGUGAUACCAACGAACUCCAGAAUAAAUUAUAUUGACCACAGGAAUUAUUAUCAAAUUGCGGAUGCGAUAAGUAGAGUGGAUUUUCGGUGCAUUAAUGUUUUGCUCACUAUGGAACAUAUGAGUCUCAUGUGUCAAGACAAGAGUCCAAGUGACGCGACUAUGAGUACUGCCGUUAAUAGUUCUGUGAAAAAAGAUUUCGCCCGUAGGAUUGAAAAAAUACGUUUUUUAGAAGGCCCAGAGGUACCUGAAAAUGGAUCGCCGUGGUAUCCGAUAGUUACACCACGUAUUGAACACAUUCCAUUUAAAUUCGACCCUGUUCGUAUUUUACCGAUGUGUCGGCAGACUGAAUUAUUAUUUUCCGUGUUAAAGGAAGAAAAACGUACAGCUAAGAACCGUAAUACGAAUAAUGCCAACAGCAUUUUGUUGGAUAGCAUAUUUCAAAUUUUUCGCUUAUUGCACAGUAAAGAAAUAGAGCUAGAUAAAGAAAAAUGUGAUAUGUUUACUCAAGAAGUUUUCACAAGGCACGUGGACAAAUCUCACCAUUCCUGCCCUCUUGCUGAAAAAACAAUCAAACCCGACCGGAGCGUAAUGUGGAAAUGUUUUUUGAGAGGAGUUUCUGUUACCCAUGUUAUACUAACUUUUCUUCCGGCUUCCGUAGAGGAUCUCGUUAAUCUCGUAGGCCAGCAAUCGCAUAACAUUCCAGUCCAUGAAAAUGUCGAAACCGUUGAAAGAACACCUUCAAGGAGCAGUAAUGUUAGCGAUGUACCCCUCAACACUCCCAAUUCUGCUUGUCUUCCAAUUUAUGUGUAUGAUUGUCCAUUGAAGCUACUUAUUAAUUCAUAUAUAGAUAGCGAUCAUCUAGCGAACCACCGUAAAGUGGACGAUUACUUUGAAGAUCAUCGGUUCAAAUUCUCAGAUUUUAUUCAAGAGGACUGCAUCAGGCUUAAUAGUGGGGAUGCUAACGAAAAUUCCGAAGAUACAGCAGACCCACCGGAUUUAAAAAACGUGAAGGAACAUUGCACUGCCCUAGUUUUAUCCCAUUUAAAAUGUUUCACACAGUCCCUGUUUAUGGCUUUGCAUAUGGACAUUUAUGUACAUAUUAGCGAUGUUCAGGCGGUGAUGGAUAUGUGUGAAGAUGAUGUUAUAGAAAUUGAUAUAACAGAAUAUAUUAGCCACGUAUGUGCCCACUUAAAGCAAAAUAAGGAGGAUAAAUUGUCGAUUAAGACUUUACAUCAAGCUCAUCCUUGCAGUGAAUUGAAGCCCCUUCACAUGCUUAUAAAAGAUAAGUUCUUUAAAAUGAUAGCCUCGUCCUUCAAUCGGAUUCCAACUCACUCAGAAUACUAUUACUACAAACAUAUUUCGGAUAUUCAGGCAAAGGGUGCUUUAAACGACAGCGAUGAUGAAAUAUCUGUGUCAGAUGUCGAAUUUAAGUCUGAAAAAGAUUUUAGCACUUGUUCGGAAGCUUUGACCGAGUUACCAAAGUUCAGCGAACUCAGCCCUUUGUUUUUGCAUUUGAUUUGUACAUUAAGAUACAAUGAUGGCGGCCAUGCAAAUACAUCCAUCAGAUUAUUGCCGACAUGUUUAGGAGAACUUAUUCAGAAUUUGGACUCAACUGUAGAGUAUCUGGAAUCAUGCAAGCUUCGUGUUACACUGGAUAUUCUUUGCCUUACUCUUCCCCCGGAUAUUCAGAAUAUUACUAUGGAAUAUUCGGCACAAGGUCUGCGAACGACGUCCUUCUGCUCAGAGGGUAUCCAGAGAAGCAUUAGUUCCAUAUCUGAUACCAGUUGCGCUUCAGAAUAUAUAGAACAAACGCGUCUAAGAAAUCUAUCAGAACCUCAGAAAAAGGCAGUAGUCAAUUUGUGUGAUGAAAUUAAAUGGAUUUUAACGGAUGAGAUAUGCGCGACCCUUUUAGAUUUGGACAGCGUUGAUAAUGAUACUUUUAAUUUUGUGACAAAACAUGUAUUGGAUGGAUACCCAAUGAGAAUAACUUGCCGGUUAGAUAAAAUUAAUUUAAAUUUUGUGUACACUACAAGUCAAAGCCGCGUCAAAUUUAUCGACGAAUUUAGUAAAAUGGCACUUCCAGAGGGGUAUAAGCUUUGCCAAAAAUACGGUUAUUAUUAUUUUUGCAAAAGUGACAAGAGCGAGGAAUUAAUACCGAUUCACGACUAUCAGGAUAUACGUGACGUAUUUCCUCUGGAUGUACACGAAUUAUUUAAAGCGGAUUCCCCAAUUUUAAAUGAUCUUUACGUGCAUAAAGAUGACACUAUAUCGCAGCAAAGUGAUAUUAGUACGCACGACAGUGAAAUGGGGACAGAUGGGGGAUAUGAUGAGGAUAUAAGCGAAGAUGAUGACAAUUUCGACUGGUUGAAUGCUUUAAGUAAUAAGCGACCACAUUUACCUAAUUUUUGGCUGAUAAUGAAAGUCGAACAAGAUAUGGUUACUGUAUAUUUUCACUGUAGAUUUUUGGAGUUGCCGACAACCAUAGUGGAUGCGUAUUUAGAAAUUGAGCAAACGCUUUGCGACUCUAUAAGAAGUCUGUGUAAAAAAGUCAAUCAAUUGUUGUUGCUACAGUCCUUGUACGAAACCAAGACAUGCGACCUUGUUUUAGAGCCCGAUGAUAGUCCACAAACUAAUCCCUCGAUAUCUAGAAAUCCAUCCUAUAAUAAGUUAAAACAUCCGGAUGAUUCUAGUGACGACUCUGAUUUGGCUGUAUGUUCGACUUCUAUGUCGGAAGCGUCUUUGAAUUUCAAGCCGGGGUACUUCAGUUGUCCGAUAGUUUGGGAAAAAUCCCUUAUCCUACAUCCACGGUUGAAAAGCGGUUCGGGUGGCAAAUCGAACGUUUCGAGAGGCAUUUUGGCUUUGAAAAAUUUUUUGGACAAGUUCUCCGUUUUGAAUAGGCACAAUAUGUUUGUUUACAGCGACAACGAAGGCAAUGUUUUUUACUUAAGGCUGUACGAAAGCGUCAAUGGUGCAGUGAUUAGCAAAAAUAUGACGCCGAGAACGAUAGAAAGUGAAAAUGAACUUGUAUCGAGAAGUCCAUCCAUUGUGUCUUUACCGUUAGGACAUAAACAUAGUUUAGCUCAAUCGGAUCAGAGCAUUUCGUCUAUAGUUCUUUCUGAUAUAAUUCGUCCUAGAGUGAGAUCUUUCGGAGAAAGAGAAAGUCGAACUUUUGCGGAAAAGGAAUAUAGAGUCAGCGAAGAUUUAUUGGUUUUAAGAGUGCAUGGGAUUACGACAGCUGGCAGCGACGUUCGAUAUGAUUUGGUUCAGGUUCUUCAGAAUAGGUUGGACGAUGCUGUUUUGGAUUUUUUGUCCGUUAUGCUAGCUAGAAAUGCCAUGUGUCCGCUCACACCUGAAGAUGUUCAUUUUAUACAGAAACCUUUCCAUAAGCCCGACCAAACGAUCCGGAUGUCCGUUCAGCAAUUUGCUUUGGAAUGGUUAGCGUCUAAUGCGUUUGCUCAUUACCUGAAGCAAAAUUUACUGCAGUUUUUGAAUGUUCCCAAGUACACUGAUGCAAGGCCGGAAUAUCAUUUUAAUGAUUAUACCGAAACUGAAGCCUGCAAAAAUAUCGAUAAUAUUUUUAUUUACAACCAAAGUCGUAGUCCAUCUUCCGGAAGUUGUGGCAUAGCUUGUAUCGCUUUGGCUAUUGUUUAUAAAUCCGAUGUCGAUGAGAUUAAUUCUCUUGAGAGUAAUAUUGCGAAAAUAUUUGAAACUGCUCAAUACGAAAGAAAUGUUAGUUCGAAAAUAUUGGAAUCUACGGAUACUUUGCCGAACUCUUAUCUGGAAUUUAGACUUUGGAAGCAAGGAAAAGUGAAUAUUGAGAAUUUAUCUAAAAAAUUAAAAGCUGCUGUUUGCCAAGCAACGUGGGACGUAGUGACGGAAUAUUAUUUGCUGCAAAAACCUUUGUGCGAGGAGAAGUUUAAACCUCAUUUACAUGCGAAACCGACAAGAGUUGCAGUUGAAUCGUUAGGUUUGGAUUUGCAAAAAGAAGUGGAAUUCAUUUGCGAGCUUAAUUUAAACGCAGAAAAGAAUAUUAAACCGGCUGCGGCAAACUGUAUAAGAAAAAAAGUUGAUACUCAUUUACAUUCUGGUAGAAAGUAUGGUAAAAGGAUUCAGCCAACUCCCAAAACUUCUAGAGCCAUAUCGUAUGAUAUUGAAACUGAUAAUUCGCUAGACGAUAUUGACAGUGGGGUUUUGUCCGUUGUUUAUUCAAAACACUUGCCUUCCUGGCUGGAGUUUGGUCACACCUUAAAUACCCCAUCAGUUAAGCAGCACAAAAUAAAUUUAGCCAAUCAUCAUCUUCCGUUGUUGAUCGUUAAAGAGCUUGUCUCUAUGUUGGAAGACCACCCCAAAGCUUUUCGAGCUACCGCCACCCACAGUUUGGAUUGUUUAAAUAAAGUAAUGUAUGUGCCAUUCGUUUCGUCAAAUUAUAUAAGGAAGUACGCAAUUGUGCCAAGAAAUUUUCACAAAACUGAGAUGUAUUUUGAUCACGAUGUACCAGAUAUACAGCGUACCCAAAAGUUUGCACCUGCUAGUGUUGGAAGUUUGAUCGUACCAAGAGACAAAUUUUUUUGGAUUUCCGUUGAGACUGAUAGCGUUGUAAUUUAUACUUACAACUGGGCUAAAGACAGCAUUGAAAAAUUAAUUAGUAACUGCCAUAGUUUAAGUCAGUGGCUAUGUGUUCGUUCUUGUUUUUUAAGUUCCGUGACUUCUCAAAAGUUAGGGUUGUUCCAUAAUCAGCCUCUAACCAGGAAAUGUUUUAUGCUGUCCUCAAAUAAUUACUUAAGUGCGAUAGGUAAUUUGGAUAUGAUGACCAAGUUUCCAAAGGACCAUUUGCAGAAAAAACCUCGGCAUCCCACAUUUAAUUUGCUUACAGUAUUGGAGGCUUUUCGGGACAGCUUUUGCACUACUAAAUAUACAUCCAACGAUAUUACUAUUAUUUUUACUAUAGAAAUGAGGGAAAUGAAAUCGCUAGAGAAGAAAACCAGAGACGAAAUGAAAAAAUUGCAUUCUAUGUAUCAAUCAAGAACAGGUACAACGUCGGUUUCCCAACUGAAUUUGCUAAUGCAAAACUCCAGAAUUUUACAUUAUUGCCAUACCCCGUUAUUGUUUUUGCCGAGAUGGCGAUUGAAGUGUGCUGCCACUAGAGACCACUCUUUAUAUCCAUCCCAGGCUUUGGAAAUGGCAGACAAAUUGGCAGACAAACAUCAGGAGCAUUGGCAUACUGAACUGUGUUACUCAUUUUUCUGCGAAUAUAGGAAUUAUUUACAUACCCUAAUGUUUACUCCCUUACAAAUAGAUUGCCCCCAAGGGCCGUUGGGUAUUUGGCUUAAAGACAAAUCGGCAUAUAAUUCGGUAUUUUAUGUCCAGAGGACGAUAAUCGGUGGAAUUUUGAUAUUUACUGCAUCUUUUAAUGAACCGUUUUUUGUCACCAAGUUACACGCGAUUGAAUGCAACCGGUUGCAAAAUAUCAGUUCCAGAGCUUCCGUAAAUGGGUUUACUCUAAGUUUCCUGGACGAGUGUGACAAAGUAAAAAUUUUCAUGCACUUGCAUUCGUUCGCCUACGACUAUCAUCUGCGUUCGAUGUAUAAUUAUUUGUCCGGACUUCCUGGAAAACUGUGCGAAAAAUAUAACGUUCGACAAUUUUUGGAUCACUUUCUUAAAUAUUACAAUAAGGCCCCCAAUUUUGCCAGGAACCUCGUCCAUACAGAUAUGCUGGUAAUAGAAGAUUUGGUUACAGAAGGCAAACAAUUGUUUGAUUAUUUAUUAAUAAAUGUGGGUCAUUACGGUUUUAAAGUUCUCGAAAUCGACGACUGUGAAGCUGAAUUUAUUUUAGUAAAAGUAUCCACUAAUCAUAAAAUUUCGUAUAAAGACUCACAAGAUCAGCAACAUACAGACGAUUUUGACGUCACCGUCGUGGUCUCCAAUGUCUGCGCGCCUUUUAAACCUACCGAUAAUGUGCUGCAUUUAAUAUACUAUUUAAUACUGACAUCCAAGCGAGAAACAUAUCCGACGUCCGAAAUAGAAAAGCAGUUAGGAAAAUUUCGCACCGUCUCCUCAACUUACACGUCGUAUGGUACCCUGGAGAGAACCAUAAGCGAUGCCGAAUCGAGCUUGACCAAGAUGGAAUCCAAUGAAGAGAGUGGGGAAACGACGUCCGACGAGAUGGAUAAGAAUUCGAGUAAAUUGGAUGACCAGUCUAGUGCCAAUAGUCUACCAUCUGUUGCAAUUUAUCAAGAAUCUGUCAAUUAUUUGGGUUAUUAUUCGUCCCAUGAGCAACUAAUGCAAAAAUUAAUAAUGGAAAAGGCGAAGCACACUCAAAAUGAGAUCAGAGAUAUGGUCGCUAAAGGCAUGAUUCACUGCAGAACAAAUUUACUUUGGAAUAGACUUAUAUCACCCCAAGAAACCAAUUUACUGACGUUUGAGGAGUUUAUUGAAUUAAAAAAUUUCGCGAAAUUGCGACAUCUGGGUCAUUUAUAUCCAAAUUUAGGACCGUUGCUCAACCAUCCGCUCGCGUGGUAUCAGGGCUUGGCUAAACUUUUGUUAGUUAAAUAUGCCGAUCAACACAGACAAUUUUCUUCAUCCGAUGGCAAUGUCGUUUAUUACGUAAUCCUCCAUCCUCGUUAUUUUGGAGCGUUCAUGCUUUUAUCUUUAGAUUUCCACACAUCUAGAGGGGAUUUGUAUGUAGUCUACAGAGAGCCUCAUAAGCAGGAGGAUGCCGAUCCGUUAGGGAUGGGAUACCAAAAGUCACUUUGUGACGGAUUCGUUAAUUGCAUUUGUUUUUAUUUGUGGUCUGGAAUGAUUUCCAACUAGUUAAGGGGGUGUAGGUUUAAUAUGUGGAACCGUCUUUGAUUUGUUAAAAUAAUAUUUUAUUUUUGGAGCGAUUAUAUGUCAUUUUAUUUUAUAAUUAAUGUCCUAAGCUCAGUAUACUGUGAUACAUUACGCAUUGUGCCUGAUAUUUUUUGACGUGUAGUAUACUGUAAUAAAUAUUUUUUUUAUUGUGCCAUAUAAUAA